CUAGAGGGGAAGAAGGGAGAAAGCAAAUAGGUGCGGGAAUGUGUAUUAGAGGGGCAUGGGCGGGCGCUAGGACCGAGCGUCGGGGAGGUGCGGCUUUAGGGCUGUCGGGGCGCGAGCUUGCAUGGAGGUGACGCGGCGGUGGCGGAGAUCGCUGGCCCGGACUAAGCACUGCAGGGAGAGGACACUCGACUGCCUUGGCCCUCGGCUUCUCUCCCCACGCGCACUUCACUGCGCGCCUCCCUUCGUACUACUUGAGGAUCAUGCUCUGGUCCCGGAGCGCCCAGCCUUUUCUCGGGCCCCACGGCACUUUCCUCGCCCAGCCACGCACCCUUGUGCACCCCUGCGCGGUGGCCAGGUGGUGGAGGCCGUGGAGGGCCUGGCCGCUGAUUGGCUGCUGCGACCGCGGGGCGGGGCAGGUGGGCGACGCUUGACCUCUGCGGACCUGACUGUCUUUCCCGCCAUGUCGUUCGUGGAGAGCGGGAGGCGCUCAGCCCCUUCUCGCCGCCGUCUAGGCACUGCUGUCCCGUUUGCUCAACCGGCGUUUUCCGCUUUCACUCAGGGAGACAGCUGGGGUGAGGGUGAAGUCGACGAGGAGGAGGGAUGCAACCGAGUGGCCCGUGACCUGCGGGCGGAGUUCUCGGCCGGGGCGUCAUCGGAACCUAGAAAGGACUCGCUACUCCGGCCAGAUGGGGACGGGUCUCCCGCCCUGCCCGAUAAACGCAAUGGCAUUUUCUCGGAGGAUGCGGGCGGCAGAGUCCAAGCGCGGCGCUGGCCGGUCCAGGUCCUCUCAGUUCUCUGUUCGCUGCUGUUUGCCAUCCUCCUCGCCUUCCUUCUCGCCAUCACCUACCUGAUCGUAAAAGAGUUACAUGCUGAAAAUUUGAAGAACGGAGAUGAUGUACACACUGGACUGUUAGGAUUCUGGACUCUACUUAUAAUAUCCCUAACUGCUGGAUUCUCCUGCUGCAGCUUUUCUUGGACAGUGACUUAUUUUGAUUCUUUUGAACCAGGAAUGUUUCCUCCUACUCCUCUUUCACCUGCCAGGUUCAAGAAACUGACUGGACAUUCUUUCCACAUGGGCUAUAGUAUGGCAAUUUUGAAUGGCAUUGUAGCUGCUCUUACUGUAGCUUGGUGCCUCAUGUAAACCCACACUGAAGCAAUAUUCUUGACAAAACUUAGUCAUGAUUGCUUUGUAAUAAUGGAAGAACAUCAUUGCCUACUCAGAAGACCAAGAAACCUGCUGCUCAUUAUGUGGUUCAGAUACGUGUCAUAUCAUCAUCAUUAUGGAGGACUUUUAAAGCAUCGUUCUAGAGCCUAGGCAUUGGGAAUAUCUAAGUAUUAAGUUUCAAGUAAUGCUUAAAAGUGUAAGAUGUUUACCUCACCUUUUUACUUUUGUGUGUGCAUUGUCCUUAUAAGUUGUAGAAAACAUUUUAAUGGAACUCAGACUCGAAAACUUGGAUGCAGAACAUCCUGUAUCAAUUCCUGCCUUUCCAUGUAUAUGUAUAUACUACAUUUUUGCUAAGAAAUACUGAUAGUACUGUUUGAGAUAGAAAUAUUUCUUAUUUAUUCAUUAUAUUAGGAAAGCAAACAAUGCCUACUACUUUGACAUUUUACAGAAGCUACUUUUAAAUCAGAAUAUUUAGUUUUCGAUAUAUAGAAGGUGCAUUUAUAUUUUUUAAUGGGCUAUGGUUCUUUAUGUGUUUUUUUACAUAUUUUCCUACUAUAUCUUGAAUUUGUAUGUUUUAAAAUUUUUACAUCUAGGCAAAUGUAAAUGUUAUUUUUUAGCUUGUGCAAACCUUAAUACCUACCAUUUUUAAUAAGUAUUUUGUCUUUUAAGAAAAGCACACUGGCCUGAGUUUAAAACUAAGUAAACUUAUUUUUAAAAAAAACAAAAAAAACUGAAAAAAGUUUAAUUAUUUAAGCCAUGAAAAUAUUCAGGAAAUUUAAAGCUAUUCACUAUUUCCAUUUUCACAAUUCCAAAUAUUUAUCAUGGUGUAUAUAUGAUUGCUUCAACAAAACUGAUAUUAUCUUGUUUUUAAUAAAUAUAAACCUGAAGUUUUUAUGUUUAGAAAUGCUUGAACUAGUUUGUUUUUAAUCUCCAAAAUUUGGUUACCAAAAUAGAAAAGGUAUUUUGAUACAGUGUGUACAAGUAUAAUUUUUUAAUGUAUAGUUUCCUUAUUUUCCUAUUUAAAUGUUAUUUUGUAAUUGUGCUGUUUUGUUUUUUCAUAGUAAUUAAGCCUUAAUUGUUCCCACUUCCUUUCUAAAUACCUGUUUAGAACAGUCACUUCAAUUUUAGAAAGAUGGACUAUUUUAAUACUGUUUUCCCUGGCCACAGAAAAACCUACAUUAGGAUAGCAUUGUGUAGCAAAACUGCUUAUUCAGGCCAAAUGGGAUAUGAGUAUCUGCAGUGUGUUCCUGUUAUCUGCUGAUUGUUGUUACUGAGUAAAUGAUUUAAUAAUGUUUC